AUGCCUACAUUUAGGAGUCAGGAUAUUCCCGAUCUCCAAGACCAGGUCAUAAUUGUCACUGUAGGCAAUGUGGGUCUUGGUUAUGAAACUAUCCGUCAGCUCAGUGAACACAACCCAGCUAGGGUCUACCUCGCUUCUCGAUCCCAAACCAAGCCUGAACAAACCAUUGUAGAGCUAAAAAGCGUCAAAGCUGCCGCGGCUGACUUUGUGCGCCAGGAGUCUCGCUUGGGCAUUCUGAUCAAUAAUGCUGGUAUAAUGAUGACUCCAGAAGAUGUCGCUGAGGACGGAUACGAGAUCUACUUCGGAAUAAACGUCCUAGGUCCAGCGUUGUUCACGCAGCUGCUUCUGCCAACUCUACGAAAGACGGCAAAAGUGAACAGUCAGACGCGAAUGGUCAUGCUCUCUUCUGCUGCCCACGCCCGCGUGCCCAUUGACGUUUACAAGUUCGAUGAGCUUCGAACAAGUGCCUCCCAACCGACAGCCUUGGCUGCGAGGGAAACAGAAGUCAAGAUUAUCCCGGUUCACCCCGGUAUAGUAGCGACGAACCUUCACCAUGCCUCACCGGGGACUUUCCUGAGAACAUUCCUCUAUGCUGCUAUUUUCUUGGCUGCUACACCCAUAGAGAAAGGUGCUCUCUCUCAGAUCUUUGCAACUGUGAGCCCUACCGUGAAGCAUGGACAGUACUAUGGGCCCGUUGGUAAGGCAGAGUCAGGUUCUAAACUUAGUCAGAAUCAUGACCUUCAGGAAGAAUUGUUCCGAUGGAUUCAGGGCGAGCUCUCGGGACAUGUCGAGACAAUUUCUUGA